GCAGUAGACAUGGCAGUCCUGUUAUGGCUGCUAUUCCACUCUUCUCUUCCCAAUUUUCCACUUCAAUUCUCACGCUAUUACCACUCCCUUCUUCUUCUUCUUCUUCUUCCCUCAGAAAACGUUUCUCUUGUUCUUCAUUGUCAAGUUCCAUGGAAAAUGAAAGUCAGUCGAAAUUCAAGGAAUUUCCUUAUGUUUCUGUUCCACAUAGGGAAUUAAUGGUGGGACUUGUAUCGACUGUUGAGAAUAGGCUUGGAACAUCUCUGCUUGCUUGUAGUCUGCCUGAGAAUGUGCAGUAUUUUGAGAAUGAAACUGGAAGUGCACAUGCUUCGCUCUAUGUCAGAUCUGGAAACUCCUCUUCUCAGGUUGAUUUCAUACUUGGUAGUUGGGUUCACUGCAACUUACCCACAGGUGGAGCCUUAAACAUAACAAGCCUUUCAGCCUAUUUAAAACCUUCAACUGAUGCACCAAACUUCUUAAUCGAAGUCAUCCGCAGCAGCCCAACAUCUCUCAUCCUCAUUCUUGAUUUACCUCCGCGGAAGGACCUCGUCCAACAUCCCGAUUACCUUAAAGCCUUUUACGAGGAAACACAAUUAGACAAACAAAGACAACUUCUCGAGAACCUACCCGAGGUGAAGCCUUACUUCUCUUCGUCUUUGUAUAUUCGAGCUCUUGUCUCUCCAUCGGCUAUCUUGGUUUCUAUAGAAACCGAACCUUCCGAGGCCACUCGUAUUGAUGAGAUAAUUCGGGAUCAUAUAAGUCCUGUUGCUAAGGUAACGUUGGAUACAUGGUUGGAUCUGUGUGCUUGUGCUGAGAGGAGAUUAACGGAUGAUGAAAGUGCAGAUUUGGGGCAGAGAGAUGGAGUAAUUAAGAAUAAGACUAUUGAGAUUGAUCUUGAAUCAAGCUUCCCUAGGCUUUUUGGGCAAGAAGUAGCGAACCGGGUUUUAGGAGUACUAAGGAAAAUCUACAAUGCUUAAAUCUCUUACUUCUGCAGCUGUUGAUUUAGAAUUUUUAAGGUAACUAUUGUAUGUAAUCUUGUUAAUUCUUCAACUAUUGUACAUUUAAGAAGAUGUAAACUGAGAGUAAUUAUAAAAGUUUCAUUCUUCUGUU